AUGAAUAAAGAAAAUAAGACAAUAACCAGUCUUUACGACAAAUAUAAAAACACCCCCAAAAAACUAAAAAUAAUCUGUGAUUGGGAUGAAGUAAUUCAAGCCCAUGAGCCUCAUGCUUUGUGGUUAACUCAUGCUUCAGAAGAUGAAAAAUUGACUUAUAAUGAUUUUCGCGAUUACUUUAAAAUGUUUUGGGAAAAUGAUGUAAUGAUUGAAUAUUCCCCUUACGGUUCCAAAAUGUCCUCUAAAGCUUCUGAUCCAAGAGUAAAAAAUGUAGACUUGGAGCAACAACAAGAAAUCAAAAACUCCCCUAACUUCUACCACCAAGCCCCCUUUUUAACUAUUGCGGAGGAUUUACUGAAACUAAUAAAGGAAGAUAAAAUAGAGAAGUUAAUAUUUUUAAGUGCUUACGAUAAGAGGAAAUUUCAUGGAGGAGAUAUGAGAAAGGAGAAUAUUUUUAGGGAAACCUUUGGCAAGUUAGCCCAUUUCAACAAGCCUCCGUUUAUGGGUCUCACUUUAAUCCCUUUUGACAGCGAAACCCAAGGAAGAACCAAAGCCGAAUGA